GCCCAUAAAAAGGGCAGUAGCUGCUUGCUUUGCUUAAUCAUCGCCCAAAUGAGGAGCAUUCUGGCAAGAAGCCCCCACGAGUCCUCCUCUUCCUCCUUCUCCUUCUCCAGGAGGCACAGCUACUGGCAGAUCCAAAAGCUUGGAGGAGAAGAGCAAGAGCCGGAGGAGGAGGAAGAGAUCCUCUGUUUCGACCGCCGCGACGGGAUGGAGAAACAGAGAGAGUUUAGUUUCUCUUUCUCGAGGUUCCGGUCGGCGGUGUUCGGCCGGCGCAAUGAGCCGGGCCUCGGCCGGCAGGUGACGGGGACGCUGUUCGGGCGCCUGGGCGGCCGCAUGCAUUUCGCGGUGCAGGGGGGCCCGGGCGCGCGGCCAGCGCUGCUGGUCGACCUGGGGGCGUCGACGGCGGCGCUGGUACGGGAGAUGGAGUCGGGGCUGGUGAGGAUCGCGCUGGAGUGCGAGCGGCCGCCGCCGACGCCGCGGAGGCGGCUGACGGAGGAGCCGCGGUGGCGGGCGUACUGCAACGGGAAGAAGUGCGGGGAGGCGGUGCGGAGGGAGUGCGGAAGGGAGGAGUGGCGGGUGCUGGGGGCGGUGGAGCGGGUGACGAUGGGCGCCGGGGUGCUGCCGGCGGCCGACGGGGAGGUGAUGUACAUGAGGGCGAGGUUCGAGCGGGUGGUGGUGUCGAAGGACUACGAAGCCUACUUCGUCAUCAAUCCGGACAACCACCGAGGACCGGAGCUAACCAUCUACUUGCUUAGGAACUUAAUUAAUACUAAUAAGAUUGCUUAGGAACUUAGAUUAACACUAAUAAAAUAUCUGCUGUGUUGUUUGUAAUGAUGCUUGGAUUACUCCAAUACUCUUUGAAUCCACACUACUAGUUCGAUUCA